AGAGGCCAUACGGUCGUCAGAUGUCAUAAGGGUGCUGGUGCAGUAAUGCUGGAGACACUGAGCUGAGGAAAUUAACAUAAAAUCACAAUGGAUUUACUAGACUUUGACUCAGCAUAUGAUUACGAAAACUAUGGAAAUGUCACCGACUAUGGAAAUUCCACCUUCAGCAAUUUAACCUUCGAAGAAACUUAUAACCACCACACAGCCCAAAACAUGUGUUUCACUCAGGUCCUCUGCAUGCUGUUGCUGGUGAUCAACAUGCUUAUCUGUCUGCUGGGUCUUUGUGGAAAUGGCGUGGUCAUCUGGAUUGCAGGGUUUGCCAUGAAGAAGUCAGUCAACACCACCUGGUACCUGAGUCUGGCCGUGUCUGACUUCAUAUUCUGCGCCUGUUUGCCUUUUAACAUCGCCUACAGCGCCACAUCUAACUGGAUCUUCGGCCUCUUCAUGUGCAAGUUCACUUCGUUUGUCAUGUUCCUUAACAUGUUCAGCAGCAUCUUCAUCCUGGUCAUCAUCAGCGUGGACCGUUGCAUCGCCGUCAUGUUCCCUGUUUGGGCACAAAAUCACCGCACCAUUGGAAAAGCGUCAGUGUUGAUCAUACUUGCCUGGAUUGCCUCCACAGCUUUAAGCAUCCCAUCAAUUGUGUACCGUGAUGUCCAGAAUCAUCUGGGCACAAACCAUUGCAUGAACAACUACACGUCCAGCAGGUAUGGCCAUAAAGUCAUUGCUGUGAGCCGCUUUAUCUUUGGCUUUUUGAUUCCAUUCAUCCUCAUCAUCCUUUGCUACACGGUUAUCAUUGUUAGAUUGAGAGCUUCCCAGAUGGCCAAAUCCAACAAACCAUUUAAAAUCAUGACAGCUCUCAUCCUGACCUUCUUCCUUUGCUGGUUGCCGUACCAUACAUUUGUGCUAAUCGAAUUUAACCAGACCUUUAAUACUGACAUCAUUCGUCUUGGGAUGCAAAUAGGCACCAUCACUGCUGCCGCGAACAGCUUCCUGAACCCUGUGUUGUAUGUGUUCAUGGGCAAUGACUUCAGAAAGAGGUUCAAGAGCUCCAUCUUAUCCAAGAUUGAGAAUGCUAUUGGAGAAGAAGGACGAACCAUCAGUCGCUAUCUGUCCCGCUCAAGCUCGGUGGACGCCAGGGCUUCCACUCAUAUCUGAAAAACAGACUCGAAGCUGAGUGACUGUUUUGUAUGGAUGUCAGUUCAAUGCACUGACAAACUUUGAUUUGUUGUACAAUUAAAUUGUGCAUGAACAUUUUACAUUAUAAGACAAAUAUAUGUGAUAUAUAGGACUAUAAGAAAUGUAAUGCCUCAGUGCUGCUCAGUGGAUGCCUGGGAAAAGAAAGUAGAACUUGGUUAUUUUGCAAUUAAUCAUCCACUAUAACACACCAAAAAAAGGUCACACUUUAUUUUGAUGGUCUGUUUGUUGAAUUUAAGUUACAUUACAUAUACAUGCCAACUAAUUCUCAUUAGAUUCUAAGUAGACUGUUAGGUUGGGGUACAAAAUAAAGUGUUAUCAAAAAAACAACACAAAAAAACAGGUGCUAUUAUGCUAUCAUUUGGUAUUAUUAACUGUAAAGUAUAAAAAUAAAGAAAAUAUAUUGAAAAUGUGUUUCAUUUCAGCUUAGUAGAUGUUAAGGCUUCCACUCAUGUCUUAAAGAUAAACCUGAGGUUAGUUUCAUUUAAUGCAUUCGCUUAGUAUGAUUAAGUGAACGUUUUAGGUUUUGAUUGUGCACUUUAUGACAAAAUUAUGACAAGAAAUAUGGAAAAGGUACUGGAAAUUUACUGCCACACUCAAGCUGCAUUUUCGCUCAUAUCUAAAAGUAAACUGGAUGUUUGUUGUAUUUUAGUCAAAUUAAUGUAUUCAUUAAGUAGAAUGAAUUGUACAGUUAUAAUUUCUGUAUAGUCAGCCUGAUCUCACGAGGAAACCUAACAUAAUUUUACGUUUUGUCAGUUUAGUGGCUAAUUCUGUCGUAUGAAAAUGUAUGAUUUUUAAAAGGAGUCGUGGCACCAAAACCCCACCUCUAAACUCAACGAUCAUUGUGGAUAAGCAAAUUCUACUAAAUUGUAAAAAUGACUUUUUUUUUUGUUUAAACUAAAAGUAUUUGAUAAAUGUAACAAAAUCAAAAAGUUACAAACUUCCGUGAGAUAGCAUUGUUAGAGUUGUGCCCUGUAAGCCAAAAUACAAAAGAAAUGCAGAAAAUCGUUCCAACAACUUUCGCAAAACUGCAUGAAAUACACACACAAAAGUAAAGCUUCUUCAUUGGCAUUGCUGGUUGCAUGAAUAACCUCUAAAGCACCUCUACUUUCCACUAAAGUGCUUUUUAUAUUAUUAUGAAUGCUAAAUGCCCUCAUAACUGGUUAUUUUAAACUUUCUAUGUAAAAAAAAAAAAAAGUUUGUGCUUUGUGAAGCACAGUGUACCAUGUUAAUAUGAAGACAAUUUCAGUAUUGCUUUUUUUAUGUUUAUUCUAUAUUAAGGAAGCACACUGUGCUAUGCUUAAAGUUAAAUGAAAUCUAAAAGUACUAGUGGUAUUUGAAUUGGGCAUUACAGUGCAGGACUUUUUUUGACAUUGUUGACUUUACAAGUACACUUUUACUUCAUACCAAUAGGUUAGCUAAGGGCACCAAAAUACAUAAUAGUUCCCCCCAAAAUUUAAAUUUACUUAUCAUAUACUCAAACUCAAGUGGUUUCCUUCCUAUAUAAGUUUUUUUUAAUCUUUUGAACACAAAAGAAGAUAUUUUAAUAAUAAUAAAAAAAAAACUCUAACCAACUUCCACAAUAGAAAAAAAAACAAUUAACCUGGAAGUCAGUGGUUAUAGGUUUCUAAUGAUUUUCAACAGAAAAAAAAAAGUUUGCUACAAGUGAAUGGUGAGUAAAUGAUGACAGAUGUUUUAGUAAUGUGUGAACUGUUCCUUUAUGGUGAAAAUCAAAAAAUGAACCAAGUGACACUUUUCUCAAUGUAUAAUACUGUAAACUAAAGCAAUCUUCUGUAUUAAAAAAGUAUAUAAAUAAA